CUAGCAAGUGGCAUGUCGAUCUUUGUCUUUCCCCGAUUCCUUCAGUGUUUAAUCUUGGCUCGUGACGAUACAAAAUGUAUCUUCAUUGACGUGUGAAAUUGUGGCGCAACUUUAUAAUAGGCUGCGUAAUUGAAACACUGCAAUGAUAGAUUGGAAAAUAGAAAGUAACUAGAGUAAUCGACAAUAGUAGAGUAAUUCAGCAUAUAUUUUACCGAAGUUUAAGUUACGAAACAAAAAUGACGGAUGACGAAUUAAAUUCCCCUUCAUGUGGUGUUAUUGGAAAAUGUUGCUCUCGAUGGCGGCUUUGGAUUCGACCAGUUGUUAUGUGUUUGUACUUUAUCAUCAUUGUUAUAUUCCUUCCUCUUCUCGUUUUAAUGUUAUGGAAGAGCAACGAGUACAGCAUCAGGUUCGAAGUAUGGCUUGUUGGUGGGUUAUUUACUUUAUUGGCAGUUCCCAUCAGCUUGUGGGAUAUAACACAGCAUUUAGUUCACUAUAACAAGCCACACAUGCAAAAGUACAUCGUAAGAAUUUUAUGGAUGGUGCCUAUUUAUGCGUUAAAUGCUUGGGUUGGAUUGUCAUUUCCUGCUUAUGCCAUUUACUUGGACACAUGCAGAGAAUGUUAUGAAGCUUAUGUGAUUUACAAUUUCAUGAUGUUUCUUCUGACAUACCUUAAACAAGAGGUACAUGAAGAAGCUGAAUUGCGAAACACCAAGACACACAUUCAUCACAUCUUUCCUUUGUGUUGUCUGAAACCAUGGCCUAUUGGAAGUGAGCUGAUUCAUAGAUGUAAACAUGGAAUUCUUCAGUAUACUAUUGUCCGUCCUUGCUCUGCAUUGAUUUCCGUGAUAUGCGAAAUUACAGGCGUUUACGGCGAGGGAAAAUUUCACACCAAUUUGGCUUAUCCUUAUAUGAUAGCUAUCAACAACCUUUCCCAGUUUAUCGCCAUGUACCAUCUGGUUCUCUUUUAUCGGGCAUAUCGAGAAGCCUUACAGCCAAUGAAUCCUAUCGGAAAGUUCUUAUGCAUCAAAGCUGUCGUCUUCUUCUCGUUCUUUCAAGGGGUCAUAAUUGCAGUCCUAGUUUUUACUGGAGUCAUUACAUCCUGGUUUUCACCCACCGACGUUGAACAUGCUCCACAAGGAAUCCAGAACUUCCUCAUCUGCAUCGAGAUGUUCUUGGCAUCUGUGGCACACCAUUUUUCCUUUUCAUACAAACCCUAUGUUGAUCUAACCCAGGAUCAACAUGGAUGUUGCUUUGCCUUCGUUCACAUGUGGGACGUGUCGGACGUACGCCGUGACGUUGCCGAACACAUUCAUGUUAUUCGCGCGACUGUCCGGCGGCGUGUUGCCGGUAGGCCACAUCGACAUGCUGCUAAGGAUGAGGAGAAGAGGGCCCUGCUAGUCCCCGUCGCUUCGCAGAACAACUUAAUGCAUUCCCCAGUGGCACCCAACGGCGGCUACCAGACCAUGUCGGACAGCACCUACAGCGACAGUGAACACGAAGGUAUCAAUGCUGGAAUAAGAGCCCUCACACGCUCUGCAGUACCGACCAGCACCGAACGAAUCACAGUCCAAGUGGAUGUGGAGCGCUCGGUUGAUAUCGUCGCAGAUUUCGUCCACCUCGAUGAUGACCAUCCUCGAGAUGGUCAAUCGAUGGCAUAAUGCAAUGCAUUUUUUUUUUCUCCCGUUAAACAAAUUGCCCAGCUUGCAUGUACAUUUUGAUGAAGCAUUUCGAAACUUGUCAUUUAUCGCUGUAUGCAUUUAAUUUUCUCCCGGGAAAAAAAAACAAACGCUGUGCCUUCAUCGUAUCACGCCAGCCAUCACGGUCGUUUGCUGCCGUACUAUGUCGAGGUUGUUUUUUUUUUUUAUCUAGUCAAGUUCGCUAUACGACGCAAACGAUUCAGAACGCGAUGGAUGUGUAACAAUGCCACGAUUGAAUCAAUGUCAUGUACGAUAAUUCCUUCCUACUGUUCCUUUGACUUUGAUUGCGCAUUGUUUCAAGGAGAUAAUGAAAAGAGAAAGAGAGAGAGCCAGAAAGCGAAUGCACUACUGUAAAAUUACGCUAAAUUGCCUUGAAGGAUUCGCGUGCACUUCGUACAUUUUCUUGAAACGAUUACUUAUUACAUUUACAUAUAUAAU